AAGGAACUACAUCCUCGUGUCAAAGUUGAAGCGAGGAACGUGCGUAAUUCUAUGAGGUAGCUGCGACUUCUUUUGUGGAGUUUUUUUUUUUAUAAUCCAGGUUAAUUAUGAUACAAAGUGUAGAUUUGCAUGCGUGUUUACGGUUGUCUGUUAUGAGAACAUUAUGUCUGUGAACGCGUCCAAACAAGAGCUGAUCCCACUCAUUUAUCGCCAUUUGGAGGAGCAUGGUUUCCACUCGGCUGCAGAAGAGCUUCGGAGGCACAACCCACAGUGUUUUGUGGAAGAAGAUUCUGCAUUAUCGGCAUCAUUACAAGAGAUUUACAGCUCCUGGUUAAAGCACUCAAAGAACAGACACUCCAGGUCUAAUGGAGGAGCAUCACCUCCGGCUUCAGCGAAAGCCGCUUCCAAGAAGGCGAACAGAUCUGCUAAGAAGCCGCAGAAACAGAAAUCUGUUGCACCAAAAAGGGAGAAAAAAGUUGAGAGGGUGUCAGAAAAUGCCACACCGGCGAAGAGGCUAAAGAAGCAACAAAAAGUUGUGGAUACCGGUAAAGACGAUUCUGACUCUGACAGCAGUUUGGACGUGGAGAAAUGGAAGAAACUCGUGCUACAGAUGACAGAGGUUGAUGUAGCCAAGAUGGACACCAUCAACGCUUUGGACUCUUGUGCACCCAAAAAGACAGUCAAGAAACCUCAGACAAAGGCUAAAAUUGACAAGCCUGUUAAAAAGAAGAGCGACAUCAAAGAGAAAGCAGCGACAAAGGAACGAGCCAAGUCAAGUCCACAGAAUAAGACCUCGACAGAAAAUCUGAUGUCAUCCAGUGGUGCGACGCCUACAUCGUCAUCAAAAGAGACGCCAAAGAAGGGAAGAAAGAAAGCUGCGACCCCCGCUAAAGAAAACGCCAACAAUCCAACACCAGAACCCAAGAAGAAAAGAAAGGGAAAAAAAGAGGAUUCUAGAAGCAAAGUUAAAGCGAACAGAAAAGAAAAAAACAUCACCAACAAUAAACCUGUGGAGCUCGACUGUGUAGGAAAGCCUGUAGAUGAAUACAUAGUGGUGGACAAGGUGGGGAAUGCCGAGGAAGUACCAAGAAAAGAAAUUAAAGCUAGGAAAAAGCAGAAGGAGGCUGCUGACAGUCUGAAUAUUUCAGACAUCAAUUUAAAAGACAAGAAACCCAAGAAGAAGAAGAAGAAAGAGGAGGAAAUAGGUAAUGGCGAGGGAACCAAGGAGGAGAAAGUCCAGAAUAAAAAAAGGACCCUUGAUGAUGUCGGAAUCGGUGAGCUGGAAAAUCCGGAGCGGACGAACAAUGACAAGGAAGCAAGCGGGAAGGAGGAGAUGUCUCUUAGCGUGGACACUUCCAGUGCAGAUGUGAGAGAAAAGAAAUCAAAGGAGAAGAAGAGAAAGAGUCAUCCUGUGGAGGCAAAGCCUCACCAGAUGGAUGACCAAAAAAAGAAGAAAAAAGACAAACCUUCUCCUGAUGAGGAACCGAUGGUUACAAAUGAAAGUGCAAAAGGAAGCGGAGAAGAAACACCCGAGCCAAACACGCAAAUAAAAAAGAAGAAGAAAAAACUUUUGGUUAACACAUUACCUCUGUUCACCCUGGAUACACCAUGUCCUCCGUCUGAGAAAAAGAAAAAGAAAAGCAAAAAGGAUUCAGGCGACUUCGCAGAAACACCUUCCACCAUGCAAACACCAUCACAUGACCAACACCAGGAGGCAACCUAAUAUACCAUUUGUCCACAUGAUGCCAUCGGACUGUCAUCGUGUUAUUUGCAUUUUAAUGGAAGAUAAGAAUAAGUACUCCAAAUGCGGGGUGGUACUGACAAGGUAGAAGGUGACACCACCGUUUUUAUUUCUUUUUAGAGCAUUCCCCUUCAGGCUCAGGAAGUUCUUUGUUUAUAAUGUAAUCCUUUGAAACAAUACUGCUUGCAACAUAAAAUAUGGACCGGUGGACAAAAACGCAUUUUUCAUUCUGUGGUCUUUGAUCAGAAGCACGUCCUGUACAAUAUACUUUUAUACAAAUUAAACAUUUUUUUUAACUAUC